GGAUACACUUACGUACCAGUAGGAACGGAGCGUAGUGUAAAAACGUCAGUGACGUCAUUGCUAUGUCUUUUUGUCCUUGUAAAUAAAACUUGAAUUUUUAAAUUUACGCUCGGAAAGCUGUCGCUGGGACAAAAAUAUAGAGUGUUUAUUAUUCAGCAUAUCAGAUAAUAAAAUGAGUAAGCUGUGCAGACAAGUAUCCAUUGAGUCCCCCGGGCCGACUCUCAGGGAAUGUGUGUUCAGUUUUGACGUGCCUGUCCCAGAUGUUCCCAUGUAUGGCGCGAGGAUCCGGGUGGUGUACGCCGGAGCCUGCUACAGGGCGAACAAGACUCGUUCUGCUUCAGUCUGCAGUACUUCCUCCAUAUCUUCCAUAGGCAGCCUCUCCGGAGAAAUGGAAAACUUUGGCAUCCAUACUCAUGCUACUCCUGCUCAUAUAGGUCUGAGAGACGGCGCUCUGUUUCCUGGAUACGAAGUCGCCGGUGUGGUAGAUGCCAUAGGUAAAGCUGCGGAAAGAUUGGACGGAAUCAAAGAAGGGUCGAGAAUCGUUCUGUAUCCCUACGAUGGUGUACCUAAUGGGUACGCGGAGUACAUCGUUGUACCAGAUUUUAAAUGUUUAGUACCUAUACCCGAUGAGUUGCCACUGAGCGUGGCUGCCAUGCUGCCCACUGGCGCCUUAUUAGCCACGAACACGGUGGCUACGGCUGGAGAGUGUUUAAAGAAAGUACUGGAUGGGCCAACGAAAAAAGAGACCACGACGGUUUUGAUUGUUGGAACUGGUGGGUUGGCGUUGUGGGCACUUCGUAUUGCCACACAUUACUUUAAACAUGCUUCGUAUAACAAUCGCAUCGGGAUAUGCGUGGCUACCCUCAAAGACGAAGGAUUUAUUUUGGCAAAGGAAUGUGAAGAAGUCAAAGUAGUGCAGUGGAACGAAGAUGCAUAUGAAAAGCAGCUCAUCGAAAGGACUACAGACGCGUGUGGUGGUCCUGUGGAUGUGGUGCUCAACUUUGGUACCACUUCAAGGUCACUCCAUAGAUCGUUGCAAUGUCUCGCUCAGGGUGGAGUGGUUCUAGUAACUGAAGAUGUGGGAGAGAAGCUUUUGCCCAAAUUCGCAAAGAAAGCUGAGGAGAUGAACGUGCACAUAGAAAUUGUACCCAACGGAUCCAUAGAGCAGCUCAAAGAACUGGUCAGCCUUGUGGCUAGGGGUGAAAUCGAGCCCCCACCACACUCGGUGUUCCCAGCGGAGGAGGCGCAGGAGGUCGUCAGGAAGCUGUGCAACUCCGAGAUCACAGGGAGGGCGAUCCUUAAGUUUCAUAACAUCGACUAAUCACCCACGACUACUGUCGAGACACUGAGACACGUAAUAUAUUUGCUUAGAUUAGACGGUACGACGUAGCACGUAUAGUUUAGAUCUGGAGAUCGGACGCUGAGAGAGUCUGAGUCAUUCUACUGCCCUGCUCGAGGGUGGGAAGUGCCCUCGGCCUGCUUUGGGCUGAUCACCAGCCAGAACUAACCAUCACUUCAGUAGCAAGUCAAGCACAUGUUACUGUGAUCGUCUCCACCCCAACAGCUAGAGGUGACGGUGGCAGUGGACACACUGACUACUGAUUUUUUCAUUAGAAUUAAGUUACCGCUAACAUUGGUUAGUUUUUAUUGUAAGAUCCUCCUAGUUAUAGCUAAAACCAAAGUAAUAAACAACUGUAUAUCAUUGUCGGUCUUACUAAAACCAAUUUUUUCAUAAUUACGCGAAAGUUACUGUUUUCUCUUUAACUUCUAAGACAGUUUACAACUGUCUUCUUGGUAUGUCUAUAUGGAUGUUGGUGUGAAACUACUUGAAACUUACGAGGGACGCAGGAUUUUGAAGAAAUUCGUCCUUAGCUUUAUGCGAAUUUUAUUUUUCCUUACAAUUAUAUACGCAAAGCGAAUAACCUUCCGACCCCUAGCCUUUACUGCUGGCGUUUACGUCGGUAUAUCGUUGAUCUUUCUAAACUGCUAAGCGGCCCUCUACUAGAAUCAAAAACAUCUAAACAUAUUAUUGAUAUUAUUCUUCUUUAUAACACAAAUAUGACUUUCAAAAACCUUCUGUCAAAAAUAUGGAAGAUAAUUGUAAAGCGUAUCAGCAGUGUCAUUUAAUUUGUUAGAUCAAGAUAUUAGAUAUUGCCUGAUGGCUGUCACUUGUAAAGCUUGUUCGGCUGUAGGACCGAGCGUCGCAUGGUGGAUAUCAAUUGCUGUGACACAGGACCCAGUCAACGGUACCACAGAAGUUUAUUCUUUUCUAGAAAUCGUUAUUAUAAUACCGAAUGACAUAGAGCCUUUAGUGUAGAACUGUUUUGAAAUUCGUGAACCUAUCUGUUUAAAUUGUUAGUUUUAGAAUAAGUCUCGUAUACUAUUCAAAGUCUCUUAUAAAAGUGAUUUAAUCUUUA